AUGUCGCAACAGCAAAGGCAACAAGGUCAACAACAACAAGGAGGAGGAGGAGGCCAAAUGAUGAACAGGGAUCGUCCAAGGUCCCAACAGAUGAUUCAGGUCGCUGCCGCCGUCGCAGCCGGCGGAUCCCUUCUUGUACUCUCCGCCCUCAUGUUAGCCGGAACCGUCGUCGCCCUAACACUUGCCACGCCACUGGUUGUAAUAUUCAGCCCUGUUCUUGUUCCUGCAACGAUAACUGCCUUUUUAAUCAUGCUGGGAUUCGUUGCAUCUUGUGGAUUCGGCAUGGCGGCUUUGGCUGUUCUAUCGUGGAUGUAUAAAUACAUCAAUGGACAACAUCCUCCAGGUGCGGAUCAACUUGAUAAUGCUAGAAUGAAGUUGGCUGGAAAGGCUAGGGAGAUGAAGGAACGGGCGGAGCAGUUCAGGCAACAACAUAUUACCGGAUCUCAACAGGUUUCGUAA